AUGUUCAGGCCCAAUAUUUGGAUUUCAACAAACAAAAAGUCAACCGUUUUAUCAUAUGAAAUCCAACUUUCCGUCUGUCUUAUACUCCUUAGUGACCUUUCCAAGCACGCCAUUUCAGAAGGUUUUAAGUCCGUCACAAAGUUCUCAAGUUCAAAGGCUUGA